AUGUCGUUAUGUGAAAUUCAACGUGGUCAAUUAACUGGUAGAAUUUAUUCAACAUCAAAAGGAUUCUAUCAUGUAUCAACAGAUUCAACAAAACCUAUUCAUCGUCAAAAACAAUCAUUUAUUCAAUGGAUUCUCUUGAUUUUUAUAGAAAUUUUCUUACCUACAGGUUAUCCAAAUACAGUUUCUAGUGACUAUCUUGCUUAUCAAAUUUGGGAUACAAUACAAGCAUUUGCUUCAUCGAUUACAAAUGCAUUAGCAUUUAGUGCUAUUUUAGAGGGAAUGGGUGUUGGUGAUGAAAAAGCUUCAGUUCUUUCUGCUACAUUUGUUUGGUUAAUUAAAGAUGGUGUUGGUAUGUUAGGAAGAAUUUUAUUUGCUUGGUUUAAUGGCACAGGUCUUGAUAGUAAUUUGAAAAUGUGGAGAUUCUAUGCUGAUAUUCUUAAUGAUUUAGCUAUAUCACUUGAUUUAAUAGCACCAUUUUUUAAACAUUUAUUAUUACCAAUAACAUGUUUAUCGAAUUUAUCUCGUUCAAUUGUUGGUGUAGCUGGUGGAUCAACACGUGCUGCAUUAACACAACAUCAAGCAAUAGCUCAUAAUAUGGGUGAUGUAUCAGCGAAAGAUGGUUCUCAAGAAACACUUGUUAAUCUUUUGGCAUUGAUUGUUAAUAUUUUUUUAUUACAUACAAUAAAACGUGAUCGUUUACUUGUUUGGUUUCUUUAUUUUAUGUUGACAACGCUUCAUUUAUAUGCUAAUUAUCGAGCUAUACGUACAUUACAAUUACGUACAUUUAAUUGGAAUCGUUUUGUAUUAUUAUGUGAAUAUUAUUUUCGUAAUGGUCAAAUUCAAACCAUUGAAUAUAUCAAUCGACAUGAACCAAUUCUUAGAGAAAUGUAUCAAUCAAUACGUUGUUAUGUUGGUAUUCAAUUAAAUGAAAAUCAUGUACAAACAAUUGAUAUAAAUCAAUUUAUUAAAAAUCAUUUUUCUAUUUUAUAUAAUCAAAAUUCGAAACGCUUUGAUGUUAUUUUAAUGGAUAAUUGUGAUGAUGGAGAUUUAAUUAAAUGUUAUUUUCUUCUUCAAUAUCUUAUUGAUUCAAAACGGUUUGAUCAAUUUUUAGUUACGUCAUCGAAUAUAUCUUGGAUUGACAUUGAUCGAUUACAAACAACAACAGCUCAUCUUUAUCAAGAUUUUUUAUUUAAAGCACAACAAAUGGGUUGGGAUGUUAAUCAAGCAAAAUUUUUGAUUAACAAUUAUAGAUAUACUUCGAAAUAA